UAAAAGUCAAGUUACAAGGCGCAUUCUAUAUAAGUGCGGUGACGUCAUCAGGCUCCUCCUGGGAGAGGCCGGGUGCUCACUGCGCAUGCGUCCCUCUCACCUGCUCGCUGAAUGACGUCACGAGCUUCCGCUUCCCGUGUGAGCGAUAGAGUGAAGAUCUGAAGAUGACAUCUGAAGGAUUGACACAUCCUGCUAAUGGAAAUACCAUUAGUCGAAUUUGUCCCUUUGGAAUGGGACUGAAGCUAGAAAUGCUCCAACUUUUCCAAGGGCAAUAUCGACCAUUUACGGGGCAACCAUGUCAGUCCUGUAAUUCAAAGAGUAUGGAGGCUUUCUUCUAUAAGAGACACACAAAGAUGGGAUUUCGUAAUGCCAUCCACAUAACAGAGGAGGACAGCCGGUAUCGUGGCUGGUUAGUCAGACGAUUAUGCCAUGUUCUCUUUAUAUGGGAAAGGCCGGCAGAUCAAGACUUCUCUUUAGAAUGGUCUGAGAAGAUAUGUGAAUUUCCCAGAAUUAUAUCGGCUAUAGAGAAGGAUAAAGAAAAGAGUGAUAAACCUACUGUUUCUGCAAGUGCUUUAAGUAGUGACGGCCACAAGGAGGUGCUGAGGAUUUUGGGGAACAUUCACAAGUCUCUGUCUCCGAGUCUCAUAAGAAUAACACGCUGGAUACUCGUGAAGUUACUUAAUCGAUUGUACUUGAAUCUUCAGCUUCAUUGUGGACAGGUGGCCACGCUUAAAGAAGUUUCUACUGCGAGUCCAAAAACACCAGUUGUCUUUCUCGCCACUCAUCCAUCAUGGCUGGAUUUCUUUCUUGUACCUUUUAUCUUAUUCUCCCAAAAACUUAGAGUGCCCCGUGUUGCCUGGGACAGGACAGACUGUUCACCAUUGGUCAGGUGGUUCCUGCAGAAAUUGGGAGUUGUCUUUAUUCCACCAAAUGGAUCAUCCAAGCCAGUCGGUCAAGCUGUUCUUUCUGUGUUUAUUGAGAAAUUGCUCUCUGAAGGGCAACAUUUGCUGGUGUUUUUGGAGUUCACCUCUUCUGCAAGUUGUCGCAAAGUUUCUCCUGCUGCCCGUGAAUGGAUCCAGCAGAUGAUGUCAGCUGUGCAGUCUGGGGUGGUUACGGACAUCCUUAUUGCACCUGUGGGUAUAUCCUAUGACUCUUGUCCGGAAUCUGCCAGCAGUGGUAGAAAGCUGGCAUCUUUUCCGGGAUUGUGGCGAUUCCUCACGUCCGCCUUUUGUCCCUGGUCCAGCUCGCUAGGUUGUGCACGUGUGGAUUUUGCUCAGCCUUUUUCACUACAGGAGUACAUAAGCAACUAUACUUGGAAACAUUCAGCACCUGUCUCAAGCUUGCGGGAGACUCUUCUGCCUCGAAUUCUGGGCACAAGGUAUAGCAUGUUUGAUGAGACUGCACUGGAUAGAGAGCAGGAAACAGCACAAGAAUCAGAAAAAGCGUUAGUUGAUGGAUUCCUGCUGCAUUCAUUGAGAGCUGCCGUGACUUGUACAGCCGUCAUGCCUUCUCACAUUAUUUCAGCACUUAUUCUCCAUAAAUACAGAGUUGGUGUCUCGCUGUCAAGACUUCUUGCUGAACUCCCUAAGAUAACAGAAGAUAUUCUUCUUCAUGGGUUUGAUGUUGGAUUUUCCGGCCAGCGAUGGGAUGUUCUCCGUCACAGCCUAUACAUCCUCCGCCACUGCACUGUGCUGUAUUCUGCCCCUUCAAAUGAUAUAUAUGUGCUAUGCAGAGAAUCGCUAGAUGGUAUACAAGAACUUGCCCAAAAAAGCUCUUCUCUACUGCCUGUCUUCUUGUAUGAAUCUAUAGGAGCUUGUGCCAUUCACGCACUCCUGGCUCAGCUACCCAGUCUGUGUUUGGUGGAGAUUUUGUUUACCCAGGAUGAGAUCAUUGAAAUGAUCAUGUGUCUUUGCUCCUUGCUGCCCAAAAAUAUUUUGCUCAUGCCGCCAUGUCAGAAUACAUAUAUCGUGUGCCAGGAUAUCCUGGACAAGCUAGUUCAUUGUGGACUUCUCUCCAUGUAUGAGGAUCCGAGUGCACCUACAGCCUGUGACACAGGAAGACGGCGUUUCGUAGACAAACUAACAUGGAGAGACUUCAGUGACAUGUCAGAUAGUGACAGUGACUGCAUAGGAGAACACCUCAAACGUCACUAUAAGUUAGGUCGUUCCAGUCAUCACGCAGACUUCUUUGUUUUCCUUUGCCACCUCUUGAAUCCAGUGCUGAAGACAUAUGAGAGAGCAGCAUUAUUCCUUCAAGAACGAGGGAUGUCUAGACAUGAGCCUGAGACAGACUAUGUUACUAAGCUGCACCAGUACCUGCUGGAGAAAGCGGAUGAGGAUCGCUCCUAUGAGUGUGCAGAACGUUCCCUGGCUGCCUGUGUUGUUAGAACAUUCAUAGAUCUCGGAGUGUUUGAGUGUUCACCGAGCUGUCAUGGAUCAAUUCUCCAUCUCCAAGAGACAUUUCUUCUGGAGGAAAACUGCAAGAAACUGACAUCAUUCAUCCAGCAGUUUAUAUACAGGAGAUGAACAGGAGAGAAUUAUCCUACAGAACACAGUAUUAGAAAAAAAGGAAUAUUUUGGUAAAACAUGUUUAGCUGUUAAUAGGCACAUAGUAUUUAUAUUUAGGUUAUUAGGUUCCCUGAUCAGAUUUCGUUUAAUAAUGUAAGAACUAUUGAGUUAAAGUCAACUGGUGCCAGAAAGUUAAACAGAUUUGUAAAUGACUUCUAUUAAAAAAAUAAUCGUAAUCCUUCCAGUACUUAUUAGCUACUGAAUACUACAGAAG